GUCACUUCCUGUUGCUGUAGGAGAACGUGGCUUUCCCUGCAGCGCCGGUCUCUCUGUCGGUCUCUCCUGCAGAGCCCGGACCUGGAGUCGGACCCUGAGCGCAGCCUCGCCAUGGACCCGGCCGUCAGCGACCCGCAUAACGGCAGCGCCGAGGCAGGCAGCCAGACCAACGGCACUACGCGGCCGCCCUCCACUCCCGAGGGCAUCGCGCUGGCCUACGGCAGUCUCCUCCUCAUGGCGCUGCUGCCCAUCUUUUUCGGCGCUCUCCGCUCCGUGCGCUGCGCCCGCGGCAAGAAUGCCUCAGACAUGCCCGAAACCAUCACCAGCCGGGACGCCGCCCGGUUCCCCAUCAUCGCCAGCUGCACGCUCUUGGGACUCUACCUCUUUUUCAAAAUAUUCUCCCAGGAGUACAUCAACCUCUUGCUGUCCAUGUAUUUCUUCGUGCUGGGAAUCCUGGCCCUGUCCCACACCAUCAGCCCCUUCAUGAAUAAGUUUUUUCCAGCCAACUUCCCAAAUCAACAGUACCAGCUGCUCUUCACGCAGGGCUCUGGGGAGAACAAGGAAGAGAUCGUCAAUUAUGAGUUUGACACCAAGGACCUGGUGUGCCUGGGCCUGAGCAGCGUCGUCGGCGUCUGGUACCUGCUGAGGAAGCACUGGAUUGCCAACAACGUCUUUGGCCUGGCCUUCUCGCUCAAUGGGGUAGAGCUGCUGCACCUGAACAAUGUCAGCACCGGCUGCAUCCUGCUGGGCGGGCUCUUCAUCUACGACGUCUUCUGGGUAUUUGGCACCAACGUGAUGGUGACAGUGGCCAAGUCCUUUGAGGCACCAAUAAAAUUGGUGUUUCCCCAGGAUCUACUGGAGAAGGGCCUCGAAGCAGACAACUUUGCCAUGCUGGGACUCGGAGAUAUCGUCAUUCCAGGGAUCUUCAUUGCCUUGUUGCUGCGUUUUGACAUCAGCUUGAAGAAGAAUACCCACACCUACUUCUACACCAGCUUUGCAGCCUACAUCUUCGGCCUGGGCCUUACCAUCUUCAUCAUGCACAUCUUCAAGCAUGCCCAGCCUGCACUCCUGUACCUGGUGCCUGCCUGUAUCGGCUUUCCCGUCCUGGUGGCGCUCGCCAAGGGGGAAGUGACGGAGAUGUUCAGCUACGAGUCCUCAGCGGAAAUCCUGCCUCACACCCCGAGGCUCACCCACUUCCCCACAGUCUCGGGCUCCCCAGCCAGCCUGGCCGACUCCAUGCAGCAGAAGCUAGCUGGCCCUCGCCGCCGGCGCCCGCAGAAUCCCAGCGCCAUCUAAUGCCUGGCGGGUGCCCACCUGCCUGCUUCCCCCCACCUGCCCCAGGGCCCAAGUUAUGAGGAGUCAAAUCCUAAGGAUCCGGCAGCAGUGACAGAAUCCAAAGAGGGCACAGAGGCAUCGAAAGGGCUGGAGAAGAAGGAGAAAUGAUGCGGCUGCUGCCUGACCCUCUGAGGGCCAGACCAGACAGCGGGGGAUGGACUGACACAGGCGGGCACCGGCAGAGGGUGCAGGAGCCGAGGGUGGCUUUGGGAGUGGGCGACCCUGCUGGGGCAGGGCCACAGUGGCUUCUCCCCCUCCCCUUCUCCCACCUUCCUCUGCCCCUCCCCAUCCCUUGCAGGGAAAGAAAUCCCCUAACCCCAAUCUCCGGGCAUCAGGGUGGGGGUGGGGGUGUCUGAUUUUUAGAUUUUGUAUUGUGGACAGAUUUUGCCUCGCAUUAAAAACUCCUCCAUUGC